GCAAUCAUGUUCUGCUUUGCUGAACUCUUGAAAGUUCGUGAGUUUUUUAUGCAUCUUGAUCUUAAUCUUAAUCUUUUUUUUCUUUGUAGGAAAUUUGAAAAUGGACAAAACUUGGAUGCGUUGUGAAGAUAGAUUGAGCGAUACUUAUGUAAACGGAGUUGACAGGUUUCUGGAAUUUGCUUUUAAGCACUUGGAACUAGAAGGUGCAAUUCCUUGUCCUUGUAAGAAAUGCAACAAUGUUUUCCACAGGACUAGAGGUGAAGUCAGGGAUCAUUUAAUAAUGAAUGGGAUCGUCAAGGGAUACACGCGGUGGCUUUAUCAUGGAGAAUUUGCACCUAAAGAGAAAAACACUAACAGUGAAGUAAGACCAGAGAAAGUAAGAAAAGAGCGAGGUGAUGAUAUAUUUGAAAUGAUUUACGAUGCUGCUGGCCCUGAAAUCAUGGAUGAUUCCAGUGGGAAGUUUCAACAUGGUGAUGCUUCAGAGCCUACUUCAAAAUUUUUCAAAUUAUUGGAGGAUGCUGCACAACAACUUUAUCCUGGUUGUGAGACAUUCUCCAAGCUGUCACUGAUUGUGGAACUAUUCCAAAUCAAGUGUCUUUUUGGGAUAAGUGAUAAAGCAACUGAUAGCAUACUGAAGUUAAUUAAGCGAGCACUUCCUUCUGGUGAAACUUUACCAGAGACAUUCUAUGGAGCAAAACAAUUGAUUAGAAAUUUAGGCCUUCGUUAUGAAAAAAUACAUGCUUGCGAGAAUGACUGCAUGUUAUUCUGGAAACAUAAUGCAAAAGCUGAAUCUUGCUCGGUUUGUGGUGAGUCUAGGUGGAAAUCAGUUGAAGGUCAAAAAACUAAUGGCGGUGCUCAAGGAAAGACCAAGAACAAAGUUCCUCGAAAAGUUUUACGUUACUUCCCCUUGAAACCAAGAUUGCAAAGGUUGUUUAUGUCAUCAGAAAUUGCUUCAGACAUGACAUGGCAUCAUGAUCAGCGUUUGAAAGAUGGGGUUCUUAGACAUCCAGCAGACUCAGAGGCGUGGAAACAUUUCGAUACAUCUAAUCCAGGCUUUGCUAGAGAUCCUCGUAAUGUUAGACUUGGAUUAGCAUCUGACGGGAUAAAUCCUUUUGGUAACUUAAGUGUUUCUCAUAGCACUUGGCCAGUGAUUAUUACUGUAUAUAACUUACCCCCUUGGAUGUGCAUGAAGCCACCAUAUUGCUUCUUGUCUUUGUUGAUACCUGGCCCUAAAGCUCCUGGAAAUGAUAUCGAUGUGUACUUAGAACCAUUGGUAGACGAGUUGCGAGAGUUAUGGUAUAAUGGAGUCGAUACAUAUGAUGCUUCGAGAAGAGAGAAUUUUUGUAUGCGGGCAGCACUCUUAUGGACUAUAAAUGAUUUUCCAGCUUAUGCCUACUUGUCUGGAUGGAGCACGAAGGGAGCUUUGUCUUGUCCUUCAUGCAACAAAGAGACUCCUUCUACUCGAUUAAAGUAUGGUCGUAAGUUUUCUUACAUGGGUGCUCGUAGGUUUCUAUCAUCUAAUCAUAAAUGGCGGCGGAAUAAACGUGAUUUUAAUGGAGAAGUAGAAAAAUGAUCUGCUCCUAAAGCUCUCUCUGGAGAUGAUGUUUUAAACCGGUUGUCUAGUUGGGAAGACGUGACAUUUGGUAAGACCCAAAAAAAACAAAAAUACGAAAAAAGUAAAGGGAUUCAUAACUGGAGGAAGAAAAGCAUUUUUUUCAAACUUCCUUACUGGAAAAAUAAUUUAAUACGCCACAAUUUAGAUGUGAUGCAUAUUGAAAAAAAUGUUUGUGAUAAUAUCAUUGGGACAUUAUUAGAUAUAGAAGGAAAGGCAAAAGAUAAUCUGAAUGCUCGUCGUGAUUUGAAGGAAAUGGGUAUAAGGAAAGAUUUGCACGCAACUCAAAAGGAUGGAAAAUGGUAUUAUCCAGCAGCAUGCUAUUCUUUAUCACCAGAUGAGAAGUCUAAAGUAUGCAAGUUCUUGAAAAUGGUUAAGGUUCCAGAUGGUUAUUCUUCCAAUGUAUCACGGUGGGUGAAGUUAAAGGAUCGUAAAGUUUAUGGAAUGAAGAGUCACGAUUCUCAUAUUCUGUUGGAACAAUUGCUUCCUCUUGCAAUUCGUGGAGUCGUGCCAAACAAUGUCUAUGAUGCUAUCACCGAGUUAAGUAUUUUCUUCAGAGAGUUGUGUUCAAAAACAUUAAGGGUUGAUGUUUUGGAUCAACUUGCAGCUCAAAUUCCAAUAACAUUAUCCAAAUUAGAAAAAAUAUUUCUACCAACAUUUUUUGACGUUAUGGUGCACUUGGUCAUUCAUCUCCCAACAGAAGCUAAGAUUGCUGGACCUGUACAAAACAGGUGGAUGUACCCAAUGGAGCGAUUAAUGGGCAAAUGGAAAUAUUACGUUCGUAAUAGAAAUCAGCCUGAAGGAUCUAUUGCAGAGGGGUAUAUUGUUGAAGAAAGUCUAAUAUUUUGUCAAGAUAUUUACAUUGUGGCAUGAAAGGAUAUAAUCGAAUGGACAAAAAUUAUGAAGGUGAUCAUGUUGAGUCAUACAGUGGAUUAUCAAUAUUUGAACAAAAGGGUUGUCCGUUAUUAAGAGAUACAUCCAAAAAUCUUGAAGAGUUUGAGCGAAAACAAGCUCAUCUUUAUGUCUUGAGAAAUUGUGAAGAAGUUCAACCAUUUCUACGAGAGUAUGAGCAGAACAAUCGGGACAUGAACUUCGAUGAUUGGUUUUCCAAUCGAGUGAAGAUACUUUUCAACAAGAUGCUUGUAAUGAUUUCUUGUGUACAUUUGAGGAAGAUGAAGACUUUAUAAACUGGGGAAGAAAUGAUCUUGAUGUUAUCAGCACUGAUGUUGCUUUAGCUGAUGAUAUUAUUGACGACAUCGAAUCGGAGCCUGAAACCGAUGAUGAAGAUUUGUUAUUGUGAACAUUUAAAAAUCUUAUAUGGAUAUGGCUUAUACUAAAUUGAUGUUAACAAGUUAACUUAUUUCUUGAGGGAUGAUGUUUUUUUCUUUAUUAUAUUGAGUUAUUCUGAUUGAAUAUGAGUUAAUAUUCAGUAAUGUUGAGUUGAUAAUUUUGAUUGGAUUGAGUUGAAAUGUUAUUUUCUACCGGGUGUAUGUUGAUGGAUUAUUCAGUUACAGGGGAAACUCUGUCGAUUUUUUUGUCAGAUCAAUAGACUAAAGUAAUAGCCAGUCUGACAUUAUCUGUUUGUUGCAAUUGAAUGACGUUCGAGUCUUGAUAAUGAUAUUGAUUUUUGGUGAGGCUAGUUAUUCAUGUCGUCGCGUGUUGGCAUUUUGUCAUUUUAACAAUGUAUUUUGUGCUUCCUUAUGUAAUGUGCAGGUAUAUAUGGUGAU